AUGAACGGAUUCGCGGACCACGGCCUUAGUGCGUCCGACUUCGAGACGCCAAAAGGAGGCUUCGCGACAUUUGACGCCUUCCCAAAAACAAAAGCCACCUAUUUAACCCGAACACGGACCGGUUCAGCAUGGACUCUGCUCUUGAUCGUCACGACCGUCUACCUAUGCAUCACCGAAAUCCGCCGCUGGGUUGACGGGACCAUUUCGCACAACUUCUCCGUCGAGAAGGGCAUCGGCCACCAGCUCCAAAUGAACCUCGACAUCAUCAUGGCCAUGAAGUGUGAGGACCUCCGCAUCAACGUGCAAGAUGCCAGCGGGGAUCGCAUCCUGGCGGGCGAGAUGCUACAGAUGGACCCCACCAAGUGGCUGCAGUGGGGCGGAGGGAAGCAGAGGAAGCAGGUUCAUAAGUUGGGAGAGUCGGAGGACAGGGACUCGAUAUAUGGCCUCGGGGAGGAUGAGGACGUUCACGACUACUUGUCGAUGGCAAGAGGGAGGAGCCGAUUCCCACGCACGCCGAAGGUGAAAGGCGAGGCGGACGCCUGUCGGAUCUACGGAAGCUUCGACGAGAACAAGGUGCAAGGGGACUUCCACAUCAUGGCAAGAGGUCACGGAUACCGGGAGUUUGGCGAUCAUCUAGAUCAUGGCCUCUUCAACUUCUCUCAUCAAGUCAAUGAAUUGUCCUUCGGUCCGUAUUACCCGAACCUGGUCAACCCCAUGGAUAAGACCAUCGCCACCACCGAAUUCCACUUCUACAAGUUCCAAUACUAUCUCUCCAUCGUCCCCACCAUUUACACGACCAACUCGCGGAACCUCGCAAAACUCCCGCAAAACUCCCACAACCCAUACAUUACCUCCGCGUCCGACACCGUCGUCACCAAUCAAUACGCCGUCACCGAACAAAGCCACCCGGUCGGCGAGGCGAACGUCCCCGGGAUCUUCUUCAAAUACGACAUCGAGCCCAUCCUUCUGCUGGUGAGCGAAGAGUCGAGCAGCUUAUUUGCCCUCCUAGUGCGCCUGGUCAACGUGGUGUCCGGCGUCAUGGUCGCGCUGAACUGGUGCUCCCUGCUGAGUGAUUGGGUAGCCGAUGUGCUGGGGCGGAGGCAGAAACGCGAAAGCCUGGGCAUGCUGCACGGGCGGACGCAAAGUCUGGAUAAGAAAUUUCGGUACGACUAG